AUGAGCUACCCAGCCAGUCCUUGCCAGGAGCUGGCUGAGAACUGUGCGGUGCGUGCAGCAGGAAUGGCACAGGAAGACAGCCGUCGCGGUCAGGCACCACCCGCCUUCUACCAUAGUACCAGCCAGGAGCUCGACCUGUCCACCAAAGUGUACAAAAGGGAGUCUGGAAGCCCUUAUUCUGUGCUAGUGGACACCAAGAUGAGCAAACCACAUCUCCACGAGACCGAGGAGCAGCCAUAUUUCAGGGAGACAAGGGCAGUGUCUGAUGUACACACUGUCAAGGAAGAUCGGGAGAAUUCUGAUGACACGGAAGAGGAGGAAGAAGUCUCUUACAAAAGGGAGCAGAUCAUAGUGGAGGUAAACCUUAAUAAUCAAACAUUAAAUGUAUCUAAAGGGGAAAAGGGUGUCUCUUCUCAGUCCAAAGAGACUCCUGUUCUUAAGACAAGCAGCGAGGAAGGAGAGGAAGAGAGUGAGGAGGAGGCCACAGAUGACAGCAAUGACUACGGAGAGAACGAACGGCAGAAGAAAAAGGAGAAGCGAGUGGAGAAAGUCAGGGUUACACAAAGGCGAACCCGAAGAGCUGCCUCUGUUGCUGCAGCUGCCACUUCCCCUGCACCUCGCACAACUCGAGGCCGUAGGAAGAGUGCAGAGCUACCCAAGCGGAAGAAGCGGGCGGCCAAGGAGCCCAAAGCUCCUGUCCAGAAAGCUAAGUGUGAAGAGAGAGAGACUCUGACCUGUGAGAAGUGCCCCAGGGUCUUUAAUACUCGCUGGUACCUGGAGAAGCACAUGAACGUUACUCACAGGCGCAUGCAGAUCUGUGAUAAAUGUGGCAAGAAGUUUGUCCUGGAAAGUGAGCUGUCCCUUCACCAGCAAACAGACUGUGAAAAAAACAUUCAGUGUGUUUCCUGUAACAAGUCCUUCAAGAAACUCUGGUCCCUUCAUGAACAUAUCAAGAUUGUCCAUGGGUAUGCAGAAAAAAAAUUUGCCUGUGAGAUUUGUGAGAAGAAGUUCUAUACCAUGGCUCACGUACGGAAACACAUGGUCGCACACACAAAAGACAUGCCAUUUACAUGUGAAACCUGUGGAAAGUCUUUCAAGCGCAGCAUGUCACUGAAGGUGCACUCCUUGCAGCACUCUGGAGAGAAACCCUUCCGGUGUGAGAACUGCGACGAGAGGUUCCAGUACAAGUACCAGCUCCGCUCGCACAUGAGCAUCCACAUUGGGCACAAACAGUUCAUGUGCCAGUGGUGCGGCAAGGACUUCAACAUGAAGCAGUACUUUGACGAACACAUGAAGACACACACUGGAGAGAAACCUUUUAUCUGUGAAAUCUGUGGCAAAAGCUUCACCAGCCGCCCCAACAUGAAGAGGCACCGCAGAACUCACACAGGCGAGAAGCCUUACCCCUGUGAUGUGUGUGGCCAGCGGUUCCGUUUCUCCAACAUGCUGAAGGCCCACAAGGAGAAGUGCUUCCGAGUGACCAGCCCAGUGAACGUACCACCAGCUGUCCAGAUCCCUAUGUCCACGGCGCCAGCUGCUCCAGCUCCAGCUGUGGCCAACACUCCUACGAGCCCAGCCCCUGCAGUCAGUAUGAACCCCGUGGGUGGCCCUCUUCCCUCAAGGCCGGUCCCGCAUCCUUUCUCGCACCUGCACAUCCACACGCAUCCACACCACGCACAUCACCUCCCCAUCCCACCUGUGCCUCACCUGCCCCCACCUCCGGCCCUCUUCAAGAGUGAGCCCCUAAACCACAGAGGCCAGAGCGAGGACACCUUCCUGAGGCAUCUGACAGAGAAGAACAGCGCGCCCCAGGCCCAGCAUCAUUAGCGCCAGCCGGAGUGCCAUCCCCGUGGUGAGUUGGUAGAAGGGGUGCAGCUGUGCCUCUCUGGGGUCUCUCCGUCUCCAUGGCCUCCUUCAGGACUUUGACCACUGUCCUGGUGAGCGACCAGACUGACCCAAAGGAGUGAACAAGAAGACUGCCCUCACACAACCAGGGGAACCACUGAACGAAAGCCCAAUUUGCUUGCAUUUUCUGAUGACUUUUAUAAAUUUCAGAUACUCAGACUGCGGGAUUUUAUAAUUUCAUAUCAGCGGAUGAGGUAUGCUUGCUUUUAUAUCCUGGUCUUCUCCUCAAAGAGGGGAACAGGCCUGGUUUCCUUUAUACUAAUCGGGAAGGCUGUGAGAUUAAUCCAGAGCAUUAACUGUAUCACUGUGUAUUGUAAUGAGUUCUUUUCAGCUUUUGGUGCUGACUGCAGUCGAGCUGGUCACAAUUCACACAAUAUCAAGCAUUAUAGAGAAGAUGGGAGUUUUCUUCUUUGUGUAGCUCUUUUAACACACUCUUUAUUUUACUACAGAAAUUAUUUUAGAGUUUUUGUAUAGACUUUAGUAGUCUGUUUCUAAAAUGAAAUGUAUUUCAAUAAGCUGUGUAAUUUUUCAGUGUAGCUAAACCCAUGUUGUAAAAUAGAUAAAUUUUUAUAAUCAUCAAAAUGUGAUUCUUAAAGAUGCAUAUAGUAACUUCUAUUUCAAAUUUAUUCUAACAUCCGUACAACACAAAGGUGCUUCUGGGACUGGGUGGGGUCACCAGACCAGGUUACUGCAAGAGCAAGGUUCAUAAGUACUCAGGAACUUACCAUCUUUGCUGGGCACUCCGUCCAUCGGCUCACUGACAUGCUCCAUCCCUGGUGUCCCUUUGAGCCCCUCUGUGGAUUCAGUGGGGUGGUGCGUUGGAAUAGGGUCACCAAAAGCUUGUCUGAUUUGAAAAUCUGAGUAACAUUGUGAAUACCUUCAGAAGGAAGUGGCAGAGGUUUCCUUUCGAUCACAUCUGUUUCUCACUUCUCUUAGGAACUUUGUCAUACUCAGCUGUUAGGGAAGAUAAAUUGGCAUCUCUAAUUUUGAGGUUGCUGUGUUUCCCAGAACCAUUAGGAGAAGCUAAAUGGUGAACUGAAAUCAUAAGUGUAAUUGCUGAUAGAGGCUGAGAAAUGCGAAUGAGAAGACAAAUUGGCUUCUAAGUUGUAAAAUGUCUGCAGUGUCUAAAAUGUGGGUGUCACUUUGAUCUGCAUCUGCCAUUUAAAUUGUAGUGAGAGGAAACCCCAAGUACUGCUGCCUCGUAGUCCUCCACAGUUAGGUGAGGAAGGAGCAACACCCCUGCCUCUGGGCAACUUCCACAGGGCCUGGUCACCCUGGAGCGGGUUGUAUAGGAAGCUGAAGAGAAGGGCCGACAGUGGUUUCAGUCAGCUGGCAAAUGUCGACCACGAAGCUACACGUUUUCUACUUCUUCACCUUAGAGACUGAGUUCCAAGAGUGGCCCCUUCCACUUCUCUUCCUCAUUUCUCUUUCCUCAGGCUCGUAAAUCAGAACUUUAGUGUUAUUUAUUUAUCUUUGAUAUGAAAUGUGCAGAUAUGCGUCACGCACUUUUUUUUUCUGGCCACUUAACUCUGGAUGGGGACACAUGGACUCUGGAUUGAAGUUAGGUUCCUGCUUCUAUGUAUCAUACUCUACAUUAGCUUUUUGGUUUCAUAUUUCUAGAUUUACUACAGUUUUACCUUUGUCUUCUGUAAUGCAUAGGAAAAAUUGUGUGCUGACACAGGAAAGUAUCUCAGGACACACCUUUCCUCCACUUCUAGGCAUAAAUUUUAACAAAUGGUAGUUUUAAUAUUUGCGUACAUUCCUGGAGCCCCCAUAUACCCAAGCCAAAUAGGAAGCCAGUUCCUUCUCCGCUCACUUCCACAGUCUCCUUUGCAUCCCAUGGAAAGUCUGCAGAUCUACACUUUCUUGUAGACAUAUCAAUAUUUCAUGGUCAAGUCUAUAAUAUUAAAAUAUUUUUAUCAAAAAAGUAUGUUAUAGCUUAGUUAAUUGGUUUUAUCUUACUUUGUGCUAAAUACAGUAUUGGACAGAGAUUCUAAAUUCUAGACUUGAGGCUGUUGAAUCAACUAUUUUAUUUUAUGGAUGUACUAUGAAUACUCAUUGAAAAAUUCAGGUACUCAGAUCUGAUUUUUUUAAUUCAAAUGACUAUAGCCAUAAGAAAGUGUCUGCUACAUAGGAAAUCCAGUAAUAACUCAAUAACUACCACUCUCCUUAACAGAAGCAGAAAGUAAGGAAUUAGGAAAGUGAGUUAGCACUGUUACACUGUGUAAUGCAUUCUUACUGCAAUGUAUUGUGGAACAAUCUAGAAAUGCCAAUUUUUUUUUUCUGGAUAAGUAUAUCUUCCCUGACUUGGGAUUUGUAAGAAACCUGUUCUUUAAAACAUGGCUCUCAUCAGUGUCAUGUAUGAAUAAUGAACAUAUGCAUAAUGAAAUUCACACCGAGAUGCUUCUGAGCCCAGGGCCACAGGGUUGAGCCUGAAACAUGCAGGCGCAUUGGGUUUCACAUGCUGAAGACUCAAACUCAGGGUUGAAAAUGUGCUUGGGGGCCGCUGCUAAGAUAAAGGUUGCAUCAUGUGUGUCCUCUCCACGUGUGCUGCGGUGCUCCAAGGUUCUGCAGAACCUGUUCAGUUCUUGUUAUCUGUUCAUGGAAGAAGGUUGUGGAGGAGUUUGGGUUCUAGGCACAUAUCUGUACUUCUUUUAAAGACAUAGACCUUAUUUCAGAAUAACAGAUAUUAAAUUGAGGCUUUCUUGUUGCCAUUUUAUACUAUCUUCAAAGGCAUGUAUUGUCACAAGGAUUACUUUAUCUUCAAAUGGUUUUUAUUGUUACCAAUUUACUUCUAUGUAGACCAGGCUAGCCUCAAACUAACAGCUUGAGGACCGGGUCUAAAGGAGUGAACUACAGCAGCCAGCACCCAAGAACUUGUUGUCGUUGUUUUGAGAAAUGGUCUCACAGAGCUGGCCUUGAACUCCCUAUGUGGAUUACGUAGCCUCCAGCCAAUGACUCCCCCACCUCAGCUGCCCAAGUGCUGGGAUUAUGGGUGCCUUCGUCACCCUGCCUGGCUACCACAAGGGCGUUUUUGAGUUGGCAUUACAUUUUUAGAGGCUGGGUUGUACAUCUUUCAUUCUUUUCUUAUAGAUUUAUCAUUUGGAUACACACUUUUUUAGCCUAAUGAAAGGCUGCUACUCUCAAAUUGAGUCAGGUAGGCUCAUACUGGGUUAGAUUUUAAAACUGAAUGAAGAGAAGAUGAACCACUUAAAGGCAUGUAGCUUCAUUUUUCUGUAUAUUUUUUACUUGAUUCUUAUUUUUAGCAAGUGCAGAAGUCUCCAUAUAGAACUUUAAUAAAGUUCAGAAAACCCUUUGAAAAUCAUUUCCAUGCACUGUCGUGGUCCUUCAGCAAGCAUGGGCCUUUCCAGAGUUGCCUGUCUAAGAACCUCGCUUCUAAGCGUGACCCACACACACUGCUAAGCAGAUGCAAACUCUCUGAAGCUUUGAAUUUUUAACUUCUUGAACUUUGUUUCAGUUUUUAUUAUUGUUGAAUAGAUAUGUAUUUAGUUUCAUUUUUAUCUCACUGGAAGAUUUAAAAUUUGAGAAUAUGAAGUAGAGAUCUCCAUUGCAGAGUGUGUGUGUGUGUGUGUGUGUGUGUGUGUGUGUGUGUGUCUGUGUGUCUGUGUCUGUGUGUCUGUGUCUGUGUGUCUGUGUGUGUCUGUGUGAAUUUAUUCCCCUCUUGCAGAUUUUGGUUAGGAAAACACACUAUGAUAGGUGAGUUUUUAUGGCAAAGAGAGAAAAACUAAAACGUCUUAUCAGAAGAACCCAUUUCAGUUAAAGCUUCUGUUUAAGCUGCUGUACGGAAAUACCACUUUUGUUGCUUUGAUGGUCCGCAUGAUAGAUAUUUUAAUGCUGUUCCAGACUGUAUGUGGGACACAUCAUGAAAAGAGGUGUGUUAGAUCUAACCAUUUUAUCAACUUAAAAAAAAAUCAGAUCAGUUGGAAUUCUUCAAACUCUAAAGUGGAGUAAAGAAUUACCAGUUUUUAAGUUUUUUUCUUUACUUAAACUAAGUUAGAAAAUUUCCCAAGAAUUCUCUCUCUCCAUCUUUUUCUUUCUUUUUCAGGAAUAAAAGGUCAUUGGCCGUUAGAAAUAAUGGCAUUGUUACGCAGUAGCAACUCACUAGCUAGUCUGCUUGUCAUCCGUAGCAUUCAUGAGAAGUAACGCUGACCUUCCAACCCUGGAACUACCUCGAUAAAGCAACCCAGAGAUCCUCGCUACACUCUAUGGAAGCCAUAAACGUUGUCAGUCUGGCCACCUUCGCGGUUCUAUACUUUUGUACUCGCUAGACUUUUUUAUAGACUUACAUUCAGACCUUUUCAUCUUAGAGGAUAGCUUUUGCAAGACUCCAAGGAAAAUAAAAUUCCUUAAAUUCCCAACCUUGAAACUCUAGUUUCAGUAAAUUUGUUUAAAGAAUCAGAUGCCAUACUAUUUUAAAAAAUCACGUUAAAAUUAGAACUGCUUUGCAGACCUACAUAUUCUGCAAACAAGUUCCUCUUUCUUGUUUCCUCGCUAGAGGCUGUGAUAAAGUGGAGUUUUCCACUCUGCUCACUCAGUGACGUUUUCCUGGAGCCGUCUCUCUCACUGUAGCACAGGAGUGAGUAGCUGCUGUCCGUCUGACCCUCUGCUGUCUAUCACUCUGCUCUCGAGUGCCUUCAACAAGCCCUUGUCCUGGAGCCUUCUUUCCCUGGUCUGGAUCCUACCUCUGAUUGUUUCAUUCUCCAUGAGUAUUGGAAUUCACCCUUAUUCCAAAGGGCUUAGCUACACACUGGCUAAAACCUGGCUGAGGAUUGUGAACACAUCUGUGUUUUGGUCCUCCAUAUUGCUGCUGGGUUAGCCUUGUAGCUUCUCUGCUUGUCUUACUCUGCACAUACGACACCUCUAGUACUAGAGCUGUUCUUGUCCUUUGCCAACUUUCUGUUCUUUCACUGCAGGCUGGGUGUUCCUGUACAGUCGAAGGUCAUCCAGUGUCUCUCUGGGCCAUCUCUUUCUCCUCUGAAGUCUUCCUGAAUGCCUACCCUUUCAAAUUAAAGGAAUGCUGAAUGCUGCUAUUGCUGCACAUCCUUUCUCUCAUAAAUGUUUUACAGGGUUCCUCCCAUGAUCUUAUUUUAGUCAUAGGGAUUUAAAAGUGCUCUCGGGGUUUAACAAAAGUCCGUCAUUGAUUUUUUGAGCAGCCCCUCUCAUCCAGCCACCCAUCCUCCGUGCAAACCCAGUUUAUUUUCCUUUCUAGUUGUCUUCUUACAAGUCAUUUAAAAAGUGUAAUUGGUGUAUAAAUAUAUGAAAGAUGUAAUAAAAAGGAAACCGAAGUGUGUUCUGUGUGUAGUAUGUGCACUUCAUUGAUAAGAAUUCCUUUAGCAGCUGGCUGGUCUCGCUCGUCCCAGAUCAAAGCUGGUGCUGUGUGAUGGGUUCAUUGUCUCCUCCUAAAGUGGAGACAGACGAGCUCCUACAGAGAGGGAAUUGGAAUUACUUUUUGUAGGUGAGCGAACACUAAU